GAACCAUGUGAUGCGACGCAGAGCGGCCCAUGCUGGUUCUUUUUUAUAUGGCGGCCCACAGAAUAAUGAGCGGCCGGUUGGCCGUUUGCGGCUUUGCCAUGGCAGAGUCGCGUCGCGUUUUGGGAAGGUUUGAGGAAACGCAGUCCACCUAUGUCUAUUUGAGAAAAAAUUUUUCUGUCUGCCAUCGCGAGAACGCAAAACUUGGCGUCUUCUUGCAUAAGCUCCUUGACAAAUCAAAGAAGCGACACCCCCAGCAGUAUGUAUAUGUGCUGCCCAACUCUGCUGUGCCAUCAGCACCCAAAAAGGUGCAGGAGCGCACUAGGAGGCAGCGAGUACUGAACACUGUGUUCAUGGAGAGCCUGUCAAAUAUUAUGGUUACGGGGGCCAUAAGCGAAGAACUGAAAGGCUUCGCCAUUGAACUUACACAGGUUCGUGUGUCUGCCGACUGCACCCACUUGAAUAUUUAUUGGGUUACUGCACUGCAAGAGCCUGGUGUGGACAAAAAGGUUGCCGAAAUUCUCCAUUCAAGUGCUGGAUAUCUUAAGUCAGAAUUGAUCAAGAAUGGCUUCAUUGGCAAAGCUCCAAAAAUUACUUUUGUGAGAGAUGUUACUCACGGAAGAGCUGCUGAAGUGGAGCAACUUAUUGACAAAGUUUGUGCUGGCUUGCCACCUGAUUUGGACCAUUCAGCUAGCAGAGACCUGCAAGCUUCGGGAAGUGAAGGUGCAAACACUGCAGAAGAGAGCUUGCAAGCUGGACCCUAUGUUCCUCCUGAAAUGAAGAUGGACAUUUAUGGAUUGGACCGUGCAGCCCUCAUAAGGCAGGUUCUGCUCAAGACCAAAGGGCAGAGUAGGAUUCCUUUGGAGGAACUGGCCCCCCUUAAGCCUGGUACCCACAACUCGGAGGAAGCACAAGCCAGAAUCUUAAGCCUUGCAGAAUAUGUGCGACAGAGGAAGCGGAAGAGUAAUUUGCAGGUUAAGGCUGAACGAGAGGCACAGAGGAACUUGCAAAAUGUACAACUGAGCCCAAGCGAUGAGCUACUGUCAUCUAGCACACCAGACUCAAGGGUGGACUCUGAUGACAUAUAUGAUGAAGAUGACUUCUGUAAUGUAUCAUUUUUAAAAGAGGAUUAAGAUUUAAAAAAAAAAUGCCUUUUUUUUCUUCUUUAAAUGACCACACACUGCCCAUAUGCAAUUCAGAUUUUUCAGUAACGAAACUUUCUACUCAAAAUGAACUGUUUGAUUUACUAAAUAGUUCUCGAAUAUUCUAUUAUUCAAUAUAUAUGGGCUGCAUGACUUCCACUAUCUGGCAACAUUUCUAGUCGUCCACAGUCAACAUUGAGCAGCAAAGAAAAAAUGAACAGCUAAGCAUGUAAAACAGCAGAGGAAUAAAUGGAAUGGUCAUAUUAGAAAGUAUGCAGGCAUAGGAUAGUCAGCGGUUGGUAAUCUUGGAGAGAGGCCUUUGUGUUGCAGAGGACUUAAGAGGCUUUGUAACACCUUCUAUAAAAGCUGUGGAACAUGCCUCACAUUAAGAGCAUCUCCUUAUAAAUCUUUUCCUCCAAAAUGUUUUUGAACGUGCCUUGUAUGGAGAGAGUUAUUGACAAUCAUGUGCUGCUGCAGCUGCCACGCCUUGUGGCCUUUCCAUUUUGAUCAUUCUAAAUGUAAUCAAGGCCGUGCCGAGGCACUAAGUCAUGACAAGCAACGAAAUGUGGUCAAUGACCAUCAUGCUUAAGAGUAUGUAAAAAGAUGCAUGCAAAAUGGUGGGAAUUUUAGGAAGUUGGAAAAAACAGGCUAUCUUUUGAAAGAAACUCUCGCCUACUUGCUCCAGCCUCCCCAAGGCUGCUUCCACAACCUACAGCCACUUCAACCUUCGUCAACUGUGGCCUUCACUCUUCGUCAUCAUCUUUAGCAAUCGGUGACAGCGUCCGCUUGUUGCACCACUAACAGUGCUUAAUCUUGCUUGACAAAGGCAAGUAAAAUGCAUUCUUGCA